UUUGCAAGGAGCAGUGCACCUCACGUCUUCCUCCUGAUGGUGGCCAUUUCUCUUCUCUUCCUGUGGUUUUUCAUCUUCCUUUUCCACUGCUCUGCUUUUCCUCCGUCUGGAGAUUGCGGCUCCGGUGACCCCCUCUGCAGCUCUAGUUCAAGCUCAAGCUCAAAUGGGCGAUGAAGACUUCGCAAAGAAAGGGAAGGCCCCAGAUUUGUCCUCUGAAGUUCUGCCCCUUGAGAUGUUUUACGAGAUUCUGCCAAGACUCCCUCUCCGGACUCUCAUGAAAUUCAAGUCUGUUUGCAGACAAUGGAACUCCACCAUCCGAGAACAGCUGCUCGCUCAUGAAUUCUUGGCCCACCAUGCCCGUGAUCAACGCAGCCCCACAGCUCUCAUCUCCUUCACCGAGAGAAACUUCAAUGGAUGUUUAUUCUUCAGCUUGGACCUCGAGACGGGAGAUGUAAGGCCUAUUCACAAUCUAAAUGAGCCUCCUUUCACGAGAGCAACCAUCUCCGAGACGCUCAAUGGCUUGAUCUGCUUUGAGCUCGAUGAUCUCACGUAUCUUUGCAACCUCAGCACUGGAGAGUUGGCCUCCCUCCCAGCAGCCCGUCCCUGCUUCUCCGUGUGCUCAAGCACUUGUAUGCCCAGUUUCAGCUCCUUGGGAUUCGAUCCUGAGAAAAGAGAAUACAAAAUCAUGAGAACCUGGGCAUCAAUGAUAAUGGAUGAGUUUGGCAAAAUCAAGACCUGCCACAAGAUUUUGAAGCUGGGAACCGGAAUUUGGAACAACAUGGAGUCAGGUCUCAUCGACUUUCAGCUGGGCGGAAGCGUUUUCCUGAAUGGUGCCAUACACUAUUUAACAUUGGACUUGUUUGGCAAAAAGAUUGUCAUAGCUUUCGAUGUCGGGCAGGAGAAGUUCCGUGAGAUGUCCCUUCCUAAUGCAGCUGCCUCCUCGGGGGACAGAUCGAAGCUUGUCAUAUUUAAAGGCCAUUUGGCUCUGCUAGGCUCCGAGCAUCUCGAAGAUGAGGACUCAAUCAUCGUCUACAAGCUCAACGACUACGAGAAUCAGCUGUGGGAGGAGCAACGGAUAGUGCUGCCACCGAACUGGAGAGAAGCUCGAGAGAACUAUCAAACCUUCCACGUGACAACCGUCAGUACAGGGGAGCUCCUGCUGAUGCCCAAGGUUAUGUGGGAGCAGCUGUUCGUCCUUCUUUACAAUCCGGAAACUAGUAGCUUGAAGAGGCUCGAGAUCCUUGGGCUUCCAGAGUCGCAGCUGAGCAGGCCCUUCGUCAUCGAACGUGCUCCGAUAGAGUAUAUAGAGAGCAUCUUAUCCAUUUCAGGAACUAACGAGCAGUGAAGCAGAGUUGCUUGUUCAUAUGCAUUUUCUCACAUAUGAAAAACAAAUUAAUGACUUAUAAAAAAAAAGAAAUAACAAAUACUACAAAACAA